AUAGAUUUCCCGCUCUCACCGCUGGGCGGGGCGGGUGUGUGGCCCCUGCAUUGCCGUCCGCAUUGCGGGUGGUGGUUCGACGCGUCACGCAACAUCAAGUCUUCUCUAUCUUGCGGAAGCCAGGGUAGCACCACGAUCCAGCAGUAUACCCCUCAGGGUGCAUAUGCCGGCGGCCGUCGUACAUGAUGAGUUAUGCCGUCUGCUAGGGAAAGAACAUAGACAGACGACGAGUAUCUUUCCCAACCCGGUGUAAUAAGCCGCCAGUGCACACACCCGCGGCACAACCCACAUAGAUUAGCGCCUGGGGUUCUUCGCGCAGGAUACGAACGUCAAGGAUAUGCAAUGGGGGGGGGGGGGCGUUCCCGUUCCCGCGCACGGCACGACACGACACGACCCGCGUCUCGCGCAUGACGAUCCCCCAGGGCGAGGAAGCGCUGCCGCUGCCAAGUGCUGCUUGCGGCUUAGUCUUCCCGCGAUGGAUGGCUUCAGCCGACGCGGGCGGAGAGGUGCUUGUCAACGUCGCAGACUUGCAGCCACCAAAUGCAAAGAGCUCAACGCGGAGGGCGCUCUGACAGAAAGAUUGAGAGAGAGAGAGAGAGAGAGAAAGAGAGAGAGAGAGGUCGCCCUCCGAACCCCAGCAACGGAUAGACGGCUUGGGUGUCGAUGACCCGGCUUGGGUGUCAAUAUGUGAUGACGCAUCAUGGUAUUGGAUGGAACUUGACUUGAGACUUGGAGGCAAAAUGCGUAGGUAGGGUACAGUAAUAACUGCCCUCAUACUCACGCCUCGUCUCUGGUGAGACCCGUGGCAGGUUCAACUCACCAGAUUCCAGUUCUUGGAAAUAGUACCAUUGCUGAGUUUUGAACAUUAUCCUCUUUGACGGAGAUUUCGCAUCUCCUUCACGUAUCAGUUCAAGUUUUACAAGGCCAAUUGUCCGUCAUGCAUCUCCCUACGCUGGACCUGUCUUCCUUUCAUCACGGCAGCGACGCCGAGCGAAAGAGACUCGCGGAAGACCUGGUCCAAAGCUUCAAGGACCACGGCUUCGUGAAGCUGGUCAACCACGGCGUCCCCGAGGAUGUCGUCAGGCAGUACAUGAAGGCUGCAGUCGACUUCUUCGCGCUGCCGACUGACGUCAAGAUGAGGAUCGCCAACGCCAGGGGACCCGAGCCUCAGCGCGGGUUCAGCUGGGUCGGCGCCGAGCAGACGUCCAAGCUCAGAAAGGAGAAUCUCCAGGGGCAAGAAUCAUGGGACGAGCUCACCGACGCGCGAGAGCACUUUGACGCCGGACCGCCGGGCGACGCGCAGUAUCCCAACAAGUGGCCGACGGAGAGCGAGCUGCCCGGCUUCCGCACGCUGAUGGAGGCUUGCUACGGCCAGUUCCAGGGCAUCUGCAUCACCCUCAUGGAGGCCAUCGAGGUCGGCCUCGGCCUCCCGCCGGGCGUCAUCGUCGAGCGGUGCCAGCCGGCGUCGAGCGAGCUGCGCCUCAACCACUACCCGCGCACCGACCUGAGGAAGCUCGCCGAGGGCAAGGUGAAGCGGACCUGGCCGCACACCGACUUUGGCAUCAUCACCCUCCUCUUCCAGGACGCCAUCGGCGGGCUCGAGCUCGAGGACCGCAGGAACCCGGGGACGUUUGCGCCCGUGUGCCCGGGGAGCGCCGACGGGCCGACGGAGAUGGUGGUCAACAUCAGCGACACGUUCCAGCGCUGGACAAACGGCGACGUCAUGGCCGGCGUCCACCAGGUGACGGUCCCGCCGGCGCUGAGGGGGCUCGAGGACGGGGAGUGCCCGGAGCGGUACUCGGGCAUCUUCUUCUUCAAGGCGCACAGGAGCAUGUCCGUGGGGCCGCUGCCGCACUUUGUCACAAAGGACAAGCCGGCCCUGUAUGACGAGAUUGACGCGUUGGAGUUUCAGCGCCGCAUGACCAAGAUACUAUACUAGGGGUGUUUUCCCUUCUUUUUUUUUCUGGAUCGAGAAAAGGUCGAGUAGAAAUAGAUUAUAUUCGUUUUGGU